AUGACUGACAGCAAGGUCCCGUCCCCGGGACCCGCUAAAUUGAGACGCAAUGCGGGCCCUGAUGAGUGGCUUGAGGCAGCCAAGAACUGCAAGUAUCUGUCGGAGGCCCAUAUGAAGCAGUUGUGUGAGAUUGUCAAGGAAUACAUGAUGGAAGAAUCCAAUAUUCAGCCCGUUUCUACCCCGGUCACCAUCUGUGGUGAUAUUCACGGCCAGUUUUACGAUCUCCUCGAGCUUUUUCGCGUUUCUGGCGGCAUGCCUGAUGGUACUGAACUCGAUGCCCCCCAAACUUCCCCGUCGGUCAUUACCUCCGCAGAUAUCGAACCUCCCUCGACCAUUACCGAUCCGAAGGUUCGGAAGAAGUUACGCGGCCCGAGCCCCAACGCGAACAUGGAGGAUGAUGAGGAGGGUGCGGACGACGCAAACACCAACUCUCAAAGCCGGCCAGCCAGUCCAGGAUCCAAUGAUGUCCAACUGAACCGCAACUUUGUCUUCUUAGGAGACUAUGUGGAUCGGGGAUACUUUAGCUUGGAAACGCUAACGCUCUUGUUGUGUCUCAAGGCCAAAUAUCCGGAUCGAGUAACUCUUGUCCGAGGUAACCACGAAUCCCGCCAAAUCACCCAAGUCUACGGCUUUUAUGAAGAAUGUUUCCAGAAAUAUGGCAGUGCCUCGGUGUGGAAGGCCUGCUGCCAGGUUUUCGAUUUUAUGACGCUGGGCGCCAUCAUCGACGGCAAGGUGCUUUGUGUGCAUGGUGGAUUGAGCCCUGAGAUUCGAACUCUCGACCAGGUGCGCGUCGUCGCGCGGGCCCAGGAGAUUCCCCAUGAGGGUGCAUUCUGUGACCUGGUCUGGUCUGAUCCAGAUGAUGUGGAAACAUGGGCGGUUAGCCCUCGCGGAGCUGGCUGGCUGUUCGGUGACCGCGUAGCCGAUGAGUUCUGCCAUGUAAAUGACCUCUCCUUGAUUGCCCGUGCUCACCAGCUGGUGAAUGAGGGCUACAAAUAUCAUUUUACCAAUCAAAAUGUCGUCACCGUGUGGAGUGCGCCGAAUUACUGCUAUCGGUGUGGCAACCUGGCCUCCGUCUGUGAGAUCGAAGAUGACCUGAAACCAACCUUCAAGCUAUUCAGUGCUGUCAGCGAUGAUCAGCGACACAUGCCCACCUCGCGGCCUGGCCGUAGCGAGUAUUUCCUGUAA